AUGCCUCGAGUCGCUCAGAACCCACGCGGGAGCAGCGUAACGAGCCGUGCUGGGAGCAGAGUCACCUCUGGUUCCAUGCAAAACUCCCCCUUCAAGUCCCCCGUCAAGAUUCCCCUCAACGACGAUGCCGAGGAGAAAGCGCGCCGGCUGCAUUCGCGCCAGGCCCUCCAGGAGGCCCAUGUCAACAAACUAAAGGCCGCUGCUGCAACCCCACUGCGCAAGCAAAGUGUCAAUCUCAAUGACCUCGAGAACGAGACACCCGCAUCGCCUCCCCAACGACAGAAGACACCGCGCCCAAGGCAACGGGAUAUGCCUGGGCCUAGCGCUAGUGCCGGUGCCGGUGCGGACGACGACGAUGUUGUGGUCUCGGGUACAGCCGUCACGCCUAUGAAGCGUCUCCCGAUCUUGGCCAACUUUGAGGAGUGGAUGAAGAUGGCCACCGACAACAAGAUCAAUGCCGCCAAUUCUUGGAACUUCGCCCUGAUUGAUUACUUCCACGACAUGUCGUUGCUGAAGGAGGGUGACGGCGUCAACUUCCAAAAGGCCAGCUGCACUUUGGACGGCUGUGUCAAGAUUUACACGAGCAGAGUCGACAGUGUUGCUACCGAGACCGGAAAGCUUCUCAGUGGUCUGGCCGAUAGCAGAGACAGCAAGAAGAAGAAGGAUGGCGGCGAAGAUGGUGAAGGUGAGGAGACCGAUGAGGAAGAAGUGGAUGAAGAUGGCAAUGUCCGCAAGAAGACGAAGCGAAAGGCUCAGCGAUCUUCUGAGGCCACGUUGGCCCCCUCUUUCGCUUCGUUGCAACUCAAGAAGUUUGAAUUGGAGUUUGCAGUAGAUCCCCUGUUCAAGAAAGCCUCGGCGGACUUUGACGAAGGUGGAGCCAAGGGUCUGCUGCUCAACCAUUUGAUGAUCGACUCCAAGGGAAGAAUCGUCUUCGACAGCAGUGAUGACUCUGCGGACAGCUCUGAGACGAAGAAGAAGCGAAAGAGACAGGGUGACAACGAGGAUGACGUAGAAGACGAUGAUGAAGAUGAGGAAGAAGAGGAGUUGGAGGAUGUCACCAUGAAGACGAUCGACGAGGCUGAAGAAGACGAAGAUAUCGAGAUCGAUCUGGCCCCCCUUGCUUCAAAGUUCUUCCCCGAUCUGACGCACCUGGAUGAGCUGGAUGUCUGCCCUUCACUAAAGACUUUCGAUAUCGGCGACCCGUCCGGGUCACUUGAUAUUCCGUUCCUGCGAGCUCCUGAUGACUGGCGGCAAGAGCAGGAGAGAGAGGCGGAAGAGGGCGGGCACGGCAACAAAACAGGCAUGGACAUCGACGACAACCCACUUGGCUUCGACGAUGAUGAAGGCCUCGGCAAUUUCUCCAUGGGAGGGGAUGUCGCUUUUGGCGAAGGUGGUGAGGCCUGGGCUAAAGAAGCCGCGCUGGAGCCGCAAAUGCGUGUCUUCGAUGCCGGGCUAGGCGAAGACGGGGCUGAAGAGGGCGACGGCGUCGACAUGAUGGACAACGAUGGAAAUGAAGAUUUCAACGUGUCUAUGAUGCACGCGCAAAAACCAGACAAGAUGCACGAAGACAUUCUGGCGUACUUCGACCACGCACUACAGAAGAACUGGACAAGUGCCGAGCAUUGGCGGAUAAGAAAGAUCAAGGAUGUCAACAAACCGGUACAGACAAAGCAACGCAAGGAGAAGGAGCCGUUCGAGAUCGACUUCAGCUCUCCCCUCGAUGCACCUCUUGCCGACGUUCUCUACACCCAAGCGUCUUCCAAUGCCACUAUUUCAUUACCCAAGAAGGACUGGAAGUCGAAGACGAGGAAUCUCCUUCCGGAUGACAAGCACUUCAACUCAAAACAACUUCUGAGCCUUUUCCUCAAGCCAAGAGCCCGCAUGGGUCGCCGGCGGAACUUCGGCAAACGGCACGGUGUUUUCGGCAACGCAGACGCCAAUCCAAACGUGCCUGAGGGCGAGAUGGAUGAGGCCUUCUGGGCGCGGCAGAAAGCGCCCAUGCAGAGCAUCGAGGGCGGCGAUCAAGACACGGUGCUUCCACAGGGCGACUAUGACGCGAACUUCUUCCAGGAUGACGAUCUGCCAUUUGCUGGAGGUCUUGAUGACGACGAUGACAUUGAUGAGUUCGCCGACGCCCGUGAGCAAUUCUCGCCAGAGAGAGCCAUGGAGACCAUCGGUGCUACGGGCGCUUUCAACGGUCUCACGGUUACUAACCCGGCAGACCUGGCGUUCGGUACUAUGUUGGUGACCCAGAACAGGCGGGUGCGACCAGACUAUGUCAACUAUGCCCGCGUGGCAAAGAAGGUUGAUGUAAGGAGGCUGAAGGAGGAGCUGUGGAAGGGAAUGGAUAUGGAGAAGCUCGAUUCGGUGCCACCGCCGUCUGCGCCAGAAGAAGGCAGCGUGGAGCCUCCACCGCCUUCGGCGGAUAACCCAACUCUCAAAUUCACCGAUGUGAUGAACGGCCUACAGAAGGUCUAUUCUAAGCCCGUGAUGGACGACAUCUCGACCAGUUUCUGCUUCAUCUGUCUGCUGCAUUUGGCCAACGAGAAGGGUCUCGUGAUCGAGAAGACAGACCAGCUGACGGACCUGGAGAUCAGGAAAGAUUGGAACGCACAGAUCACCGAGGGGGAUAUCUAA